UAAAUUAAAAACAGUUUGUUUAAAACAUUUAAACGGUCAGGUUGUUGCGCUUAGAAAAUUUGGGUUAAAAAAUUCCGGUUAAACGAAAAAUAUAUAUAAAAACUUAAAAUGGCUCAGGACAAUUUAACAGCCGUACUCUACGGAAUUGAAGAUAUGAAAUUGGAACAACGUCCAAUUCCAGAAAUUUCCGAUAAUGAGGUUCUUUUGGCCAUGGAUUGUGUAGGUAUUUGCGGUUCAGAUGUACACUAUCUCGCCCAUGGUCGUAUUGGUGAUUUUGUACUCACCAAACCCAUGAUAAUUGGUCACGAAGCAGCUGGAGUUGUGGCGAAAGUGGGUGCUAAAGUUAAACAUUUAAAAGUUGGUGAUCGUUGCGCUAUUGAACCCGGUGUACCCUGUUAUAUAUGUGAAUUCUGUAAGACGGGCAAAUAUAAUUUAUGUCCUGAUAUGAAAUUCUGUGCUACACCCCCCUAUGAUGGUAAUCUAACCCGCUAUUAUAAACAUGCUGCCGAUUUCUGUUUUAAAUUACCCGAUCAUGUUAGCAUGGAAGAAGGUGCCCUAUUGGAACCCUUAUCGGUGGGUGUUCAUGCCUGUCGUCGUGCUGGUGUUAGUUUAGGUUCAGAAGUUUUGAUUUUGGGUGCUGGUCCCAUAGGUUUAGUUACUUUAUUGGUGGCCAAGUCAAUGGGUGCCUCUAAGAUUAUGAUAACCGAUUUGGUACAACAGCGUUUAGAUGUGGCCAAGGAAUUGGGUGCCACACACACUUACCUAAUGACUGCUAAGGAUACAGCCGAAGAUACUGCAAAGAAGGUGGAGCAAAUGAUGGGUUCUAUGCCCGAUAAGUCGAUUGAUUGUUGUGGCGCUGAGGUUACCAUUAGAUUGGCCAUUUUUGCUACCCGCUCUGGAGGCUGUUGUGUUAUUGUGGGCAUGGGUGCUGCCGAAACUAAAAUUCCCUUAAUCAAUGCCUUAGCCCGUGAAGUAGAUAUUCGCGGUGUAUUCCGUUAUUGUAAUGACUAUUCUGCCGCUUUAGCUUUAGUAUCCUCUGGUGAACUGAAUGUUAAACGUUUAGUUACCCACCAUUUUGACAUUACAGAAACCGAUAAGGCUUUUGAGACCGCCCGCAAAGGUUUGGGUGGUGCCAUUAAAGUUAUGAUUCAUGUUCAACCAAGAGAUACUAAUAAUAAAAAGAAAUUUUAAUUUAUUUUACAUUUAAAUUGUUUGUACAUACAUGUAUUUUAAAAAUAAAACUACUAUUUUUACUUUA